AUGGUGACCACCGGUGUAGUGUGGUGUUUUAAGGAUAACAAAUGGUUUCCCCUCCAGCUCUCCUCGAUCAGGCUGCAAGGCGCGCUGACGCAGGCGCAUCUGUCUGUCCUGCAGGAAUUCCUCAAGAGGGUGGCGAACAAGGAGCUGAUCCUCCAGGAGAAUGGCUUCACGGAGCUCACCGAAAAACACAAGCAGUUGCUGCUGCAACAAGAGAGGAAACUUAGUAUUUGUAGUUCGGAGAUUCUCGAUAAAAAUGUGAUUAAGCAGACUGAUAAUAGCGUAAUGGUCGAAAGGAAGACCAGUCUGGGACAGAUUCCGGAGGAUAAGGUCGUCGAACAGAAACGCCGUCCGUCCAUGCCGGAUCUUAGAACUGUAGAUAGGCAAUCGAAUUUAUUUAUUAAUAAUUUAUUAAAUAAAAAUGAGACUGAUAGGAAAGAGAAUAAGACUGAAAAUGACGAAAACGACGAGAUCGUGCUGAGGUUGCUCAAGAAAUAUUGCAAAUACAGCAAGAACGCGUUGGAUGAAGAGAUAGUGAGCGCUAUAGAACAGAUCCCGGACGAUCAGAUCCCCCAACCGCCCAGGAAUAGGAAGUUGAGCUAUAUUCCCACCAUGACCACUUCUAAGGAAGAAAAAUUAUACGAGAAUUGCCUGGACGUUCCCCGAAACCCGAACGAGGAUUCCAUAGAGAAUCAGCGCAACGAACACCUGAUGAGAUGGCUGAAACAGCAGAAUCCUCAGCACGGCACCGUGGACAUCCAACUGCCGACGAGGAGACACUCGUCGUUCGAGAUCUCCUCGCCGACGGACAGUCGAAAAGGGAGUUUGAUCGAAAGAAAGUCCAGUUCGUCGGGGUUCAUCAGUAGAAAGUCUAGUCUGACCGCCUCUUCUACGCCAGAAAGUGUUAAAAGUGACAGCAGAAAAUCGAGCGUGUCCUCGACGUUGACCAGUAGAAAGAGCAGUCUCGGUUCGACCUCUAGUUUGUCGGAAGGUGAAGAGACGGGCGGAAGUGACUCGGGAUCAAGCCACUGGAAAAAGUUGUUGUUGAAAUACGCAGGCGAUAAGAGGGCUGAGAAGAAGAUCAAGAAGCAGAGGGAGGCGUGGGCGAGGAACAGGAGAAAACUCAGCUCCGGUUCCGGUAUUGAAUUGCAGAGAAGAGAUCUUCUCCACAAACCAUGGUACUUCCGCAAGAUCAAGCGAAUCGAGGCAGAGAAAAAACUCCUUUUACCAGAAAACGAACAUGGUGCAUUCCUUAUAAGAGACUCAGAAAGCAGGCACAACGACUACUCUUUAUCAGUUCGUGAUGGUGACACUGUGAAGCACUAUAGAAUUAGACAAUUGGACGAAGGUGGUUUUUUCAUUGCAAGAAGAACGACCUUCAGGACGUUACAGGAAUUGGUCGAUCAUUAUAGUAACGAUGCAGAUGGUCUGUGCGUUAACCUUUGCAAACCUUGCGUACAGAUCGAAAAGCCUCAACCAGAAGGUCUAUCUCAUCGCACAAGGGAUCAAUGGGAAAUCGAAAGAUCAUCUCUUAAAUUCGUGCGCAAGUUGGGCCACGGCCAGUUCGGCGAGGUCUGGGAGGGCAUGUGGAACAACACGACGCCGGUCGCCAUCAAGACCCUCAAACCCGGAACGAUGGAUCCGAAAGAUUUCCUCGCGGAGGCCCAGAUAAUGAAGAAAUUGAGACAUCCCAAACUCAUCCAGCUGUACGCCGUUUGCACCGUAGAAGAACCGAUCUAUAUAAUAACGGAAUUGAUGAGGAACGGAUCUUUGCUCGAGUACAUUCAGGGCAAAGGGAAGACGCUGAAAUUGCCGCAGUUGAUCGAUAUGGCCGCCCAAAUAGCCGCCGGUAUGGCCUAUCUGGAAUCGCAAAAUUACAUCCACAGGGAUCUGGCCGCCAGGAAUGUUCUUGUGGCCGACACGACGGUCGUGAAGAUUGCAGAUUUUGGACUCGCCAGACUGAUCAAGGAAGAUGAAUAUGAGGCGAGAGUUGGAGCAAGAUUCCCAAUCAAAUGGACCGCACCUGAAGCUGCGAACUACAGCAAAUUCUCCAUCAAAUCUGACGUAUGGUCCUUUGGUAUCCUACUGACAGAAUUAGUUACAUAUGGAAGAAUUCCAUAUCCAGGUAUGACCAACGCCGAGGUACUGCAUCAGGUAGAGCACGGAUAUCGCAUGCCGGCGCCCGCCUGCUGCCCCCCUGCCCUCUACGACAUAAUGUUGGAAUGCUGGAACAAGGACCCGAUGAAGAGGCCGACAUUCGAAACUUUACAAUGGAAACUAGAAGACUUUUUCACAAUGGACGGUUCCGAAUACAAAGAAGCAUCGGCCUACUGAGGCCACGUCCACCCCCCUGCUGAUUGGUUGCGUAACUCGAUCGAUUUACACUACCAUUAGGGGGGGAGGUGGUUGGUUAUCUAUUCACAUAUAGAUAUUCCGUGAUUUUUUUUUUAAUUAAAUUGAUUGAUCGCGGCGCGGUAUAUGGCAAACCGAUAACGAAUUACUUCAAAUAUUAUCUCAUUUUUGUAUAUUUCGUGUGAAUUUGGACAUAGUAACAACAAUCGCUUUUCAUUUUAGUCUUCUGGUAAAUUCUACGCUGCUUAAACUAUUUCGAGAUCACAACGCACUUGUUUAGGAGUCACUUGUAAAUUUUUAUUUAGGUUGCCAUAUCCUUUUAUCUCUAUUAACUUCUUUUAUAUAUUUUAUAUUUGUCUCUGGCGUAAAGCACAAUUUUUCCCGAUGCUUGAGGUUGUUCUCUGCAAAUUGUUUGUGUAAUUUUAUGAAAUAUUUUAAUGCUUUUUGUGGAAUUAACAGUGUGAUGUCAUUUUAAAAAAUUCAUUCGUAUCUAAUUUGUGAAAAUUUAAAAAUUUCUCUGACAUUUUUGUUAAUCGACCAUGUUAAUUCCAUACCUGCAAAUGUUGAAAAGUGAAUUAGGUGUUGAAGAACUUGCUCUGAACAGAGAAAAUAUUGUGCUUUGCUUCGAGUGGAAUUUAUGCACAAGGAUUUACAUAGGAACUGCCCAAAGAAGUAUUUUUUGUACUAUCAUCGUAUAUGAGCGAUUUUCGAACCUUUUUUACUGAAACAGUGAAAAUAUUUUUUUCGUAAAUUCUCUUUUAGAGGAUUUUCGUUGUCAUUGAAAAAAUGUUCACUUCGAGCGGGCAAGAGCUAAUCGGAAUUGCCGAGAUGAGGAACCAAUCUGUGCAUCUUAUGUUCAGGGUGUCCCAAAUUCAAAUGGCGCAAUCCCGCGUUUUUUUUCGAGAAAACAAAGAAUGGUGAAAAGGAAAAAGAAGAUCCUCUGUAAUUCAGUAUAAUUUCGAAUGUGUGAAAUUUUGCGACGUAGGAUGAUUUUGCUAGAUUUUAGUAAUGUUUGGAUAUUCAACAACAGUGAAACCGAUAGAAUUCUGUAUUCUUGAAACCAGUGACAUUUUCUGUCAUCGUUUUUCUUGUCAAAUGUGAUCACCAUCAGCAUUCUUAUAUAAUAUAGUCCAAUCAAGAAUGAUUGACGUCCCAAUAAGCCUUGAAAGUUCAGACGCAGCUUAAUAUCUAAUCACAAAAAAUCCUCAAUAAUUUCUGUAGUUUCAAUCACGGAACUGGACUUUCAAAUAAAAUCUAGGAAAGUAUUUGAAAAGAAGAAAUAUUCAAUUUCAGAGCAUAAAAAUAAGUAUUCAAAAUUAAUACAAUUAUGUAUGGAAUUUGUAUGAUUAAAUUAAGAACAUAAACAGCAGUACAAAAUUUAAAUAAUCGUAGGUCAGUGUAAAGAUUCACAUUCAAUAGAUCUAUAAAUCACUGUUUAAUAGCAAUACCAACCUUAAUUUCGCAACACAAAAUCUUACGAAUCGUCUUAAGAGGCUACGGUUGUCACCAUUGUAUGUUUCUCUGAAAAAAAAAAUUACGGAAAAGUACCGUCUGUUUUGCUCCGGCUGCACUAAGUAGUAGUUUCCGUGUUUUCGACAUGAAAUUUGGGACGCCCCGUACAAGCACGGCUCGAUUGCCUUUUGAUUACAAUCGACACGGGUCAGAACCCGAAGUUUGCUCACAGUCGCUCAAUUUGUAUUUCAAGCUCUUCUGAUGAAUUUUGUCGGCGAUGAUCCAGCACACAUUCUUGAGUGUAUGCUGAAAAUUACUCAUUUAUUCCCCACCCUCACUAUCUAUUUUUCAAGAGAACGCUAUACUGAAGACAUUCCUGAUAUGAACAAAGUUGUACAAGGUGUUAUAAUAUGUAUAUCGGAAUUUAUGAAAUUUAUUUCACUCUUGCUCUAUUCUCAUUUGUAUUUGUUUAAUCCGUAAACACCUGAGAAUACAUAUUCAGUUUGAAAUAAAAUCGAAGAGCCUUUCACAAAGGUCGGAACAUUGGCUCAACAUUUUGCUAAAGGAUGUUGCGCAAUAUUCGUUAUAUAAUUGGGAAUAUAUCAAUCUUUGAUGUUACGCUGUUAAAUUUUUUACAAAGAAGAAAUGAUUUUAUUGUGUUUUUCUGUAAAAACUUGGUCUGCGAAAGGAUGAUUGCUUCCAUUUGAAAUAUUUGUAAAAUUUUUCCAGUGUUACUUUGUAUAACAUUCGAGAACUAUAACUUUGUGAUUGAGAUUGGUUUAGUUCCUCUAAUUUUUUUAUCACAAUUCUUUACUAAGAUGACAGUAAGUUUAAUAACCCCUUUGAAUUGUUUCUUCAUCAUCAUUUUUGAUCAUCCAACCUUAUUCAAAUUUAUAGAGUUAGAUUGUUUAUAUUUUUAAUUAUACACAUUAUACAAUAUUUUUUGUAUUAUACACAUUAAGUCAUAGAUGAAUAAAAUAAAUUAAUAUUUA